GCUUCCCAAAUGCACAGUACUACUACUCUUUGAAUCUUUUCCCCCAAACUUUUCCUCUCUGAAAGAUCUCUAAACUCCCCCUUCUCCCUUCUGAGUAUUUCUAGGGUUUGUUCUUCACAAAUCUCACAAGUUCUCAACAGAUUUCACAAAUCUUGGAAGAAAGAUUUGUGGGUUUUCUAAUUUGUGUUGUUUUAAGACCACCAAGAUCAAGAAAUUGGAAAUAAUCAAACACCCAAAAAAAAAACCAUUUCUUUUACCAGAAAUGGGAUGUUUUUGAACCUGGGAUAUGAUAAAGAUUACAGCUUUCACAUCUCACGGAUUGAAUUCAUGCAUUAAUUGCAGUUUCCAGUUUAUCUUCUUGAUUUUUGAAAGAUAUGUUCUUCUUCUAUAUCUAGGUUUAAUUUGAUCUACUGAUUGUCUUGAAGCCCUUCAAGAGUUGAAUUUGAUGCUGAUCUAAUAAAACACACAGUAAAACACAAAUCUUUGUGUCUACAUAUGUGCAUAAAAGUAGUUUUCUUUUUGAUACUUAUUAUCAGUAAUUAUACAAGUAUCUGUUCUUAAUUUGUAUACUGGUUUUAGGAAAUAAUUUGGGGGUUUUUUCAGCUUUACACAAAUUCUUGAAAAAAGGAUCACAAUUUGAGGUUUUAGGGUUCUUGAAAUUUCUUAAUUUCAGAUUUACAAUCCACAUAGUUUAAUCUGAUAAUUGGCUUUUGAUUUACAAUGAAGCAAUUUGUGUCAAUAUUUGAAGUCAAAAUAUAGACUUUCUUUGAGCAGAAAAAUGGUUUCAAGAUUUUCUUGAUAUAUGUUUAUGAUUUCAUGAUUUUUGAUACAUUCUGCUUCUGAUGUUCAAAUUUGUAGCGAUAUAACUUGGAAAAUUCUUGAAUUUGAAGACGAUGGGGUGUUUAACGGUGCUAAAAGGGAAGAAGAAGAAGUCGAAUCCGAGCAUUCAUGUAAAACGAAUCAACCCACAAGACCCAACCCCAACCACAUUACCCGAGCCACUAACCCAAGCUCGAGGCCUACAGUCCGCACCACCAAGCUUUCGAACCAGGGUCAGACCGGUUCAACCGAGCCAGACUACAAACACAAGCCGUAUGCGGGCAUGGUCCGCUCCUUCAACCUUGGAUACAGCCGAGCAAGACGCAUUAUCCGCAGCCGAAUUUGAAGAACACGAAGAAUCCAAAACCCGCGGUGGUGGGUUGCCGCCCGUCCCGCAGCCUUUGCCGCUUCCUGCACCCCAUUCCGCUAACUUGAAACCCAUGGGAAGCUUUAAAGUUGGCAGCGGCAGUGGGCCGCUGCUUCCCCUCAACGCUUCCGGCCCGCUGCCAUUGCCGCCGUCGGGACCCCUUCUGCCGCCCACGAUCCCCUCAUCGUUACCCGCAUCAGGAACUCUUAAGAACUUCUCGUUCGAAGAAAUUGCAGCCGCCUGCCGCAACUUUUCACCUGAUCGAUGCGUGUCUGAAGGUCUUUCAUCCGUUAUGUACAGAGCUUCUUUCGGAGAAGACACUUCUAGCGUCAAGAAUCACCAAGGCACCGUUACGAGCCUUCAUCCUUCAUCUCAGGGUUUGAAGGAAUUCGUUAGCGAAGUGAACACACUAGCAUCAUUGCAGCACCCGUACCUUUGUAAGUUGAUCGGUUUUCAUGCUCGUGAAGGAUCCGAUAGGAGGAUGCUUGUUUACGAGAGGCUAUUUCAUGGGAGUUUAGACCGGCUUUUGUACGGGAGAACCGAUGGUCCGCCUAUCGAUUGGAAUGCUAGAAUGAAAGUCGCACUUUGUGCUGCUCAAGGGCUUACGUUUUUGCACGAGGAAGGCCCGUUUCAGGCAAUGUUUCAUGAAUUUUCGACUGCAAAUAUACAAAUCGACAAAGAUUUUAGCGCGAAGCUAUCGGGAUACGGCUGCAUAAGUCACAUUCCCGAGACUGACAUCUCGAAUAGUUCAGUUGCUAUGGCGAAUCUUUCAGUAGAGACGCUUGAGAGAGGAUUGUUGACCCCGAAGAGCAACGUAUGGAGUUUUGGGAUCGUGCUUCUUGAGUUGCUUACGGGCCGAAAGAAUCUAGAUUGUCGUCAUCCAAAAGAGGAGAGAAACUUAAUCAAGUGGAGUCGGCCUUUCUUGGCGGACGAUAGUAGGUUGUCACUAAUUAUGGACCCUCAGCUAAAAGGGCGGUUUCCGGCAAGGGCUGCCCGAACAAUGGCGGACAUAGCUCAAAAAUGCCUUCAAACCGAUCCAUCAGAGAGGCCAACAAUGAGAACGAUCGUUGAGCACCUGAAAAUCAUACAAGAAAUGAAAUUCUCGUGUCGGUUCCCGUUGCAAGAACCGUGCACGAUUAACCGGAAACACAUGGCGAAAUCGCUUAGUUUGAACGGUAUCAUUUAUCCAGCCCCGAGAUUGAGUUACUCGCCAUCACCACCACCACGGCUGCCGGUGCUGCCGUCGUCUCUCCCGCCAAGAAACUGUGCCUCCAAUCUGACAAUGGAGGGAGUCGUGGAGCGUCAAGAGAGUCGAAGAUCAUCAUCUUCGGCUCGACGGUCCAGUGUAGAAGGGUUUUGAAUGUUAAUAGAAAGAUUUAUUUAUUUUUGAUUAUUUUGUUUUUGUUUGCUUCCCCUCUCCUUUGAAGUGAAUCUUACCAGAAAUAGAAAGGUGGAAGAUGUUGAAUUUCUUUGGGAUGGUUUUUAGGUCUUUUUUUUUUUUUUUUGUAGAUAUCAAGUGUUUUGGUUGGUUGGUUGGUUUAUAUAUUAGAAUCAGUUUUCUUGUA